AUGUCACCAGCAUUAUCUUUCCUGCACGAUCUACUUGCUCAAGACGACGACAUUAAAUCAUCCACGAGUCUCCUCUCUGCCGAACAAUCACAACAACUCAUUGAAUAUGCCCAAACGGUCGAUGAAGAAACUCUCAUCAAUGAUUUUUCCGAUGCUAUUUAUUUCCUUCCGAGAAAAUUAUUUUCCGUUUUAGUGCAUUCUCUAACUAGUCCUGAUGAUGCCAAGAAAUCUGGAUGGGAUCACUCAGCCUCUGCUAUUUUACAAUAUUUUGUCAUUUGUAUGAGUUCUGUCAGUAAUUCAAUGAAACUCAGUGCGUUCUUUCCAAAAGAUGAAGCCAAAGAAGGAAAUAUCGUUGAAUUUGCCAAUGUGUUACGGAGUGAACAAAUUUUAGAACGACAGGAUGGCAUUGUGAGUGAAGAGUUGAAAUUUUUAAUCUUGUCCUUCCUUGCUUCAUUACUGAGUGUGAAAUCUGAGGGAAAUGUUCAUCCAGACAUGUUUCAGAAAAAUGUCAAGGCACAACAAGAGGCAUUUUCUGAGAAUAUUCAAAAAGCAAUUUUAAAUUUGAUACCAGUGCUCUUGACAUUGACAGAAUCAUUUACAGUUCCUGUGAUUAAUUUGAUAAUUGCCAUUCAUCAGGGAUUGGCAACCGUACAAAGGAGAAAUGCUUUUAUUGAUGAAUUGACUCUGGAUUAUGAUGCUGCAAGGGGUUUCAAUGAUGGAUUUUUGGCACAGUUUAAUUAUUUGACUCUUGAUAUUUAUAAUAGUUUGAUAUUUAUUCAAUCGGUCAUGGCAUUGCAAGAUCAGAGAAGUGACAUUAAUUUAUUUUUGACCAAUGACAUUAACUUUUUAGUGGAUAUUAUUUUGAGAGAAGAAGAGAAAUGGUCUGAAACUCUCUAUGCUCAAGAUGCAAAGAAAUUGAAAACAAAUCCUGUAUUAUGCAUGUACGAAACAAGAUUGAAUUAUUUGAAAACUUUACACUCCAUCACAAAAAGCAAACUCUAUUUGCAUGAAAAAGUCACCAAAGAAGUAUACAAACACAAAGAAAUCAUUGACAUUUUAAGAAAGGUCCUUAAUGAACCUGAACCUGCUGGUGCUCCCAAAAUCUUCUUUACACUCAAAGAAGAAGCUCUUGAAAUUCUAGACAACAAGUGUUUUUUCAAAUAA